AUGCCACCAUGGGAAGUAAUUAGGCCCUCACCUGACUUCGUGCUGGAAGGGGUUGGAAUGCCUGGCCAUGUGCCCUCUCAGCAGCUGACUGAAGCUUUUAUGCAGAAAGUUGUGGUCCGGAUACCUGAGUCCUCCGGGCUCCACAAUGGGCUGCUAUCUGGUGACGGCCGUGAGGUUUUGUUACCACGGGCGGUUUACGGCGUUCUGGUUACUGGGUAUAAGCGGCCCCCAUGCGAGAGGCCGCCCGCCCGCGCGCCCGCGCCCACGCUCGCCGCCGGGAUCCCACAGACCAGAGGCCCCGGGAGGCAGGUGGCCGAGGCCUGUGAGCUGGCUCCUCCGCCCCCGCCAGAUCAGGUGGCGCAGCGCAGGCCGCUGGACGGCGCCCACGGAGAGAAAUCCAGCACCAUGUUCAGAAAGCUGCACUCCGUGUUUAACCCCAGCCCGCAGAGGAAGGCGGAGGCGGCGGGCGGUUCCUGCUUCCACCGAGCCGGCCCCACGGUGCGGCUCAUCCGCAGCAGCUCCAUGUACGUGGUUGGGGACCACGGGGAGAAGUUCAGUGAGUCCUUGAAGAAGUACAAAAGCACCAGCAGCAUGGACACCAGCCUGUACUACCUGCAGCAGGAGGGCGACCGGGCCUGGAUGUACUCACGCACCCAGGACUGUCUGCAGUACCUGCAGGAGCUGCUGGCCUUGCGGAAAAAAUACCUGAGCAGCCUCAACGACCUGAAGCCCAAGCGUGCCCAGGGCUUCUCCUCCACCUCGUCCAAAUCCUCCAAGGGAGGAAAAAAGGCCCUUGGUCAGUCCACCUCCAAAGAAACAAAGAAAGCAACCCCCAAGAAAUACUCGCAGUUUAGCGCAGAUGUGGCAGAGGCCAUCGCCUUCUUUGACUCCAUCAUCGCAGAGCUGGAUACAGAGAAAAAGCCCCGGGCUGCUGAGGCAGACCUCCAGAAUGAAGACGUGGACUUUGAUGUGGCCACCAGCUCCCGGGAGCACAGCUUGCACUCCAACUGGAUCCUGAGGGUGCCGCGCCGACACUCUGAAGACAUGGCUGUACGUACCAUACACACGACAGACGGCCAGUUUCGAAAAAGCACAGAGCGCAGGACCAUUGGCACUCAGAGGAGACUUGAGAGGCACCCCAUUUACUUGCCCAAGGCUGUGGAAGGGGCAUUCAGCACCUUGAAAUUUAAGCCCAAAGCCUGCAAAAAAGACCUGGGGAGCUCCAGACGGAUCCUCUUCAACUUCUCCGGAGAAGACAUGGAAUGGGAUGCGGAGCUCUUUGCACUGGAGCCACUGGCAUCUUCUGGGGAGGACUACUUCGAAACAGAAAACCCCAAAGGACAGUGGCUGCUUCGAGAACGACUCUGGGAGCGGACAUAUGGAUUUAUCAACACCUGUCUGCAAUCUCUUGUAAUAGAGAAAUUUGGUGAAGAGACAUGGGAAAAGUUGAAAGCUUCUGCUGGAGUGCAGGAUGCCUUCAUGAUGUAUACAGUGUAUGACGACAUCAUUACCCUUAAGCUCAUCCAAGAGGCCUGCAAGAUUCUGGAUGUCUCCAUGGAAGCCAUUCUGAAGCUCUUUGGAGAAUACUUCUUUAAAUUCUGUAAGAAGUCUGGCUAUGACCGGAUGUUACGAACACUGGGAGGAGAUCUCACGGAGUUUAUUGAAAACCUAGAUGCCCUCCACAGUUACCUUGCACUUUCUUACCAGGAGAUGAAUGCACCAUCAUUUCGUUUGGAGAGAGGAGCAGACAAGAAAAUGCUUCUCCAUUACUACUCUGAUAGAAGUGGUCUGUGCCACAUUGUACCAGGCAUCAUUGAGGCUGUGGCCAAAGACUUCUUCAACAUGGACGUGUCCAUGGAUGUUCUUGACAUGAAUAAGGAAGAGGAGAGGACAGGGAAGAAGGAGCACGUUGUGUUUCUGAUUGUGCAGAAGCCUCACAGACAGGUGAGAAGGACAAAGCUAAACAGGCUACAGGAUGGUCAGGACAUUCAGAGAGACCAAGAGGCCCUCAAGGCAGCUUUGGUAAGGAAGAAGGAGAAAUAUUUGAGUGUCUCUGUUUGUCCUGUGAAGAAAUCUCACUGGGAAGUUGUGAGAAGUAUAGUCAUGUUUGGAAAAGGGCAUCUCCUGAACACCUUUGUGCCGAUUUAUCCCGAGCGGCUCUGGAUUGAAGUUAAGACAUUUUGCAAUGCUUUUCCUUUCCACAUUGUAUUUGAUGAAUCACUGAGGGUCAAGCAAAUGGGAGUGAAUAUUCAGAAGUAUAUCCCAGGACUCCAAACCCAGAAGAUUCGAUUAGAUGAGUAUUUCUCCAUCGUUCAUCCUCAAGUUACCUUCAACAUUUCCAGCAUCUGCAAAUUUAUCAACAGUCAAUUUGUCCUGAAGGCACGGAGAGAAAUGAUGCCUGAAGCAUGGAAAAGUCAACCCACACUCAAACUCCGAGGCCAGAUGAUCUGGAUGGAGUCCAUGUGGUGCAUGAUAUACCUGUGCUCCCCAAAGCUCCGUAGCCUGCAAGAGCUGGAGGAGCGCCAGAUGCAUCUUUCUGACCUCGCCCCCCAUGACACCACCAGGGAUCUCAUUUUGCUGAACCAGCAGCGACUGGCUGAGAUUGAGCUGUCCACCCAGUUGGAGAGGAAGAAGGAGGAGCUGCGGGUCCUAUCUAAACACCUGGCCAUGGAAAAGAAGAAAACCGAGACCUUGCUUUAUGCCAUGCUGCCCGAACAUGUGGCCAACCAGCUGAAGGAAGGCAAAAAGGUGGCUGCAGGAGAAUUUAAAACCUGCACAAUCCUUUUUAGUGAUGUGGUGACAUUUACAAACAUCUGUGCUGCCUGUGAACCUCUCCAAAUAGUGAAUAUGCUUAAUUCAAUGUACUCCAAGUUUGACAGAUUGACCAGUGUCCAUGAAGUCUACAAAGUGGAAACAAUAGGAGAUGCUUACAUGGUGGUAGGGGGUGUGCCAGUGCCUAUUGGAAGCCAUGCUCAAAGAGUGGCUAAUUUUGCCUUGGGGAUGAGAAUUUCUGCAAAAGAAGUAAUGAAUCCUGUUACCGGAGAGCCUAUCCAGAUCAGAGUAGGGAUUCAUACUGGACCAGUCUUAGCAGGUGUCGUGGGGGACAAGAUGCCCCGGUACUGCUUGUUUGGUGACACCGUGAACACAGCUUCUAGGAUGGAAAGUCACGGGCUUCCCAACAAAGUGCACCUCAGCCCCACAGCCUACAGAGCCCUGGAAAAUCAAGGGUUUGAAAUAAUUGAGAGGGGUGAAAUCCAAGUGAAAGGAAAAGGCAAAAUGACCACAUACUUUCUGAUCCAGAAUUUGAACGCCUCAGAGGAUGAGAUCAUGGGGAGACCUCAAACUCUGUUUGAUCACAAAGGUAAGCCAAGAAGAGAAGCCUCACUGUGA